AUGGAGCCUAAUGGGUACAGGAAAGAAAGAAAGAAGGAACAUUUGGGGGAAAUGAAUGGUGGUGAUUCUGUUGAGAGUGAUCUUGAUCCAUGGACUGCAUGGGCUUACAAGCCUCGCACUAUCUCUCUUCUUCUUAUUGGCGCAUGUUUGCUCAUUUGGGCAAGUGGAGCUCUUGAUCCUCCUGAGAGCACUACAUCUGAUGAUCUUGUCACAUCUGUUAAAAGGGGAGUGUGGGCUAUGAUUGCAGUUUUUCUUGCUUACUCUUUGCUCCAAGCCCCUUCAACGGUUCUAAUCAGGCCACAUCCUGCAAUCUGGCGCUUAGUUCAUGGAAUGGCCGUCAUUUACCUUGUUGCACUUACUUUUUUGCUCUUCCAGAGGCGAGACGAUGCCAGGCAAUUCAUGAAGUUUCUCCACCCUGACCUUGGAAUAGAACUUCCUGAGAGAUCAUACGGUGCUGAUUGCCGUAUUUAUGUACCUGAUCAUCCAACAAACAGGUUUAAGAAUCUUUAUGACACAGUUUUUGACGAGUUUUUCCUGGCUCACAUCUUUGGAUGGUGGGGAAAAGCAAUUCUGAUCAGGAAUCAACCGCUUCUGUGGGUGCUUUCAAUUGGUUUUGAGUUAUUGGAGCUUACUUUUCGGCACAUGUUACCAAAUUUCAACGAGUGCUGGUGGGACAGUAUUGUUCUUGAUAUCUUGAUAUGCAACUGGUUUGGGAUCUGGGCAGGAAUGUAUACAGUACGGUACUUUGAUGGAAAAACAUACGAGUGGGUUGGCAUCAGCCGCCAGCCUAACAUUAUUGGCAAAGUGAAAAGGACACUGGGGCAGUUCACACCAGCACAUUGGGACAAAGACGAGUGGCAUCCGCUGCAGGGGCCUUGGCGUUUUAUUCAAGCUGAUCUUGUGGUGGCUCAUAGCGAUACCAACAACACGGGAAUACAAUUCAUAUCUCCAAGACCGGAAUUCCGUGAAAAAGGUGGGAUCAUUCUGUUGGCUGUCACUUGGGAUAUGCAUAGUAGAACUUCUCAUCUGCAUCAAGUUUGGAACUGGAUUAUACCCAACAGAAAUGCCAUUGUGGGUAGUGACACUUUGGGGAAGUGUGGGACUUGGACUUGUGGCCUUCUUGCUAGGUUGGACAUGGAAGAUCCAGAAGACCCUCGAGCGAAAGAGACGCUAAAGCUCAUCAUUGCCAGACGAGACGAGGCGAAGAAACAGAGAGAAAGAGAGGUGAGACAGUCAAAUGCCAUUGUGGGUUUUGUAUAUAGGGAGAGGAAGAACAAUGUACAAAUGCAAUUUUCUGUAGAGGUAGUUGUGUGA